AUGCAGCCUGUAGAGGCAAAACGUCAAGGACCAUAUGACAUCAGAUGGACUAGAUAUAAUAUAUGUCCAGGAUCCAAACCAAAAAAUUCGACUAACAUAACAUUCGCGUUGGAAAAGGAAAAUGAUGAUUAUUUUGCCAAACUAACAAUUGACGUCUUGGUUAAAACUUCAAUAGAUGAGGUAAAAGUGUGGGUUUACAAAAUGAAAAAUGAAAGCAAAAGUUUGCUGUGGCUGUACAAGUCAAGCGAUGCUUGCAAACACUUUAUUUUCGGUGAGAUAAUUAAACAGCAAUUAAAUGCCAGAAGUUGUGUUAUCGAAAAGGGUACAAGUAAUAUAACACUAAAUUUCUCGGAGAUAACGAAAAAAAUGAUUGGUUCGUCAUUUUUUUACGGAAAUUAUUCUAUGAAGUCCAUUGCCACGUCGAAAAAAGCGAAUUUCCUAUGUUUUAUUUUUUAUGCUGAAUUUUAUAAGAAAAAUGUGUAA